ACUGCCUCCUGCUGUGCCUGCCCCGCCUGGACGCAUCCCCUCGCUCUCCUAGGUGUUCCACCACCGAGCCUUUUUUCCACCAUCACAGCUUCCUCUUCGAAUCAUUGUUCCAUCGCAUUACACAUUCUCGCUGCUUCUCCUGCUGGACGUACCAGUUGCUUCCCCACCCCUCGUCGUCGACUUCCUCUUUCGAUCUGUAGUGGUUCCGAUCCAGUUGAACCUAGGCGCCAUGGCUUCCGCCGCCGAGGAUUGUGCUGUCGCCGCUGAUCGCUGUCCGAUAGACUCGCUGCCUGACGAUUUUCUCGUCAUGGUGUUCCGUCGUCUCGUGCCAAGACCGCCUCCUUCGUCCGAAUCUUCUAUAGGCACACCGCCACGGCUCCCACGCAAUCGCCUUCUUCCAACGCCACUUCCUCCUCCUCACAAAGCUCUUUCCGCUUCGUGUGUCGCCGCUGGCGCGACCUCACGUGGCGUGCGGUCACGUCUCUCGACCUGACGGGCCGUCGGAGAAUCUCAGCGUCUCAGCUCGUUGCCGCCGUUACGCGCACGCCACGCCUUUAGUCGCUCCGGAUCGAGUGUUCCGCGAUAAAUCCCUUGACGGACGCGAUGAUUCUGGAGAUCGCUGUCGCAUGCCCCCGGCUUGUGCGCCUUGCGCUGCACUUUGACCCGCCCGCUUUGCAACAUAUAGAGAGUACGUUCCGAAGGAUUGGCCGCCUCGAAAGCAUUUCUCAAGGGCUUGACUCCCUUUUCCACGUCUGUAGGCGGCUGGAGGAUCUUUCGCUCGACUGCCCGCACUCCAUCGUCGCUUUUCCUGGAAGCAUUUCGAACUUGGCUGGGCUUGUACGUCUCAAGAUACGCGUCGGAGAUUCCGUGCGUCGCCUACCCGAAGAGAUCGGCGCGCUUUCAACUCUGGAGCCCUUCUCCUUGGAGGCGCCUCGUCUCACAUCGCUUCCCAGCAGCCUGGGCGACCUCUCCAAGCUGCGGGAGUUGGAGCUGCGGUGAUGCAUCAGCUUGACAUCGGUACCUGAGACGAUUGGGCAGCUCUUGACGGACGGACGUCUCUCACUUCUUAAAGGCCUCUGCCACUGCACUUCCUUAGACACUCAGAACCUCUGCCUGUCACGCCUUACCGGACUGCAUGAGGACUUGGGAAAUCUGACCAAUUUGCGAAGGCUGCAUCUGUCUUGCAGUGACCUCACUUACCUGCCGUCCUCUCUGUGUCAGCUCUCUCUUCUUAAAAAC